CCUGCCUCGUCGCGACACACCACCUAUAAGCGGGUCCCCAUGGCGGGUCUAACGGCGCCCAGUCUGCACAUCGCAACCCCUCAAUCUCUGAACGCCCCGCCGAUUGCGACAGAUACGUAAUGUAAUGAUGCUUGGAAUGAGGGCAUAGCUACCUAGCUAUCUAAUCUCAACUACCAACACGAUCCUAAUAUUCCUACAGAACUCCUUUUCGGCAACUAUCUCUUCGUGACUUUCCAAGCUCUGUCGAGGGACCAUGUGGAAAUAGGAUUAACGUCCUGAUAUUGUACUAUACCUGCGGAAGAGAAGCUUGAAACCUCCCGCAAAGAACCGAUACACGGUCGAAGGACGCUUGAUCAACUGCAACUGCCCUUUGGCAAUCAGCUUCCAGAGCCCGCCAUGCCUCUCUCCGUCCUAACCGACGAUGAGAUCCGAAUCCUGCUCGAGCAUCUGACCCUGGACGAGCUCGAGUCUUUUACCAAUGAGCUCCGAUUUGCUUUGCACCAGUACUCGACCAACACCCAAUCCAUAGAUGAUAACUUGAUACAUCAACCCCACCGCACGUCGGUACGUUCGCCCACCACAGGGGCUACGACCCUGUUCAUGCCGUCCUGUAGCACUGCUGGCCAUGGAGUCAAGGUCAUCACCCUAUCUUCCGCAGGCGGCCAGAAGAGUGUCGACCCUCAGCUGCCCAUCAUACGCCCAACCGGAGCCAUCACCCUCUUCGCCCCCGACGGCCGUCCAACGGGCAUCCUGCACGCCAGCACCCUGACGGCCUUCCGCACGGCCCUGGCGUCCGCCUGCCUCCUCAUCCGCCGCAACACCGUGCGCACCGUCACCGUCUUCGGGUGCGGCGAGCAGGCGUACUGGCACGUGCGCCUCGCGCUCCUCCUCCGGGGCUCGACGAUCCGGCAGGUCAACAUCAUCAACCACCGGUUCGGCGACAGCUGCCGGGCGAUCCUGGCGCGGUUCUACGGGGCGCCGAGGGCGGCCAAGCGGCGGGAGGGCUGGGAGGAGGCGCAGUUCGGGAUCCUGACGCCGGGCUAUGGCGAGUACCCGCGCCUGCUCAAGGAGCAGCUGCGCGCCGCCGACGUCGUCUUCUGCUGCACACCGUCGACGGUGCCGCUGUUCGAGGCGGCCAUCCUGACCAGCCGCGAGGGGCGCCGGAAGGGGCGAUUGGUGGUGGCUAUUGGGAGCUACACGCCGCAGAUGCACGAGCUGCCGAUCGAUCUUCUGAGGCAGGCGACGAGGACCCAUGAGAAGGGCCACCAUCAUUACCAUAAGCACGCGAUGGAGGGCGGGGUUAUUGUGGUCGACACCCUUGAUGGCGCGCUCAAAGAAGCUGGGGAGAUCAUCGAGGCUCGUCUGGAACCGACGCAGCUGGUCGAGCUCGGCGAGCUCGUCAUGAUCCAUAAGAGCGCCGUGGCCGAGGACGAAGAGGCCGAGACCGGCAGCGUGGCUAGCUUCCCGUCCGUCCCCUCUGCCGAGCUCGAGAAAUUCGACCUCAGUCCGAGCGGCACCGCCUCCGCAAUGUCCAGCGUGUUCAGCUCCGAAGGGGCACCAUCCUCGAGCAGGACGCCUUCCCCCAGCCGCAGGGAAAGUGGCCACUUCUCGCUCCAUCGCAGUAACUCGAGCCGUAGCUCUACUGACAGGCAGAAACGAAAAGAUAACCGUUUUGCGCGGUGGCUCCAGGAGGGGAAUGUAAUCUAUAAGAGCGUGGGCCUCGGGCUGAUGGAUCUUACGGUUGGACUGAAAGUAAUCGAGCUUGCCAAGAAGAAGGGGGUGGGAAGCCAUAUCGAAGGGUUUUAGAGGUAACCAUAUUCUGCAUCAACACCUUCACUGCCUGAGUGUCCCGUCAACUGAGACAAUGGAGGCUCCUCAACCAUGGAGGCAAUGAUGUCUUAUUGUCUUACCUACUUAAUUGAGCACUAGUGAUAUUAUACUCUCCGCACACUUUCAUUCAACCUUCUGGAUUCAUUUUAAGGCUCUGUGGUUUCCUUUGCAUCUUGGAAGUCAUGGUAGUAAGGAGAGAGCUAGGCAGUAAUAGGCUGAAGGCUGGCGAAGCCACAAGUUUAAUUUGCCCACGCUUGGGGGGCAAAGGUUUAUUGGUGCUCAAUGGAUUCCAUACGACAGUUUAAAGUUAUGGUAUUAGUGAGUCAGUAGUGAAUAGUGCAG